AUGCGGCAAUGCGUGCGAUUCAUGAUGCCAAUUGGCUCGGCAGCUGCUGGAAAAACUGCCAGUCAAGCAAUUUCUUCAGUAGCUUCUACAACAAAUGCAACAAAUUCAAUACCGACAUCGAUAGGAACAGCAACAAUUGUAAACACACAAGAUGCUACGGCGCAAAUGAGUCUGCAGGGUCUUAGUGUUGCUGCUUACUUUGAUAAUUCAGAAACUGCAAGUACAGAUAAACCUAUUGCUAUUGGUCAUAUAACUGCACAAAUAUCAGAAUCUGUAUAUGCUGUUUUCUUUAAAGAAAUUGCUCUUUCACCCGUUAUUGAAGUAGGAUCACGGGUGUACGUUACAUAUGGUCGGGAUUUUCCCAUUUCUCCCGAAACUGGUAGGCAAUCUGAAGGAGUUCCUUCACAAGCACAAGGUGUAGGGGCAGCUGUUAUAGAAAGAACGAGCGUAGAUAGCGCAGCCAAUCGUUCCGUCACACCAGUGAAUGGUAGUGUAAAGAAACCUUCAGAAACAACAACAACAACGGCAACGACGACGACGACAACAACUCCAACAGCUGCCGAUAGCUUUCCAAAUACCUCUCGUCCUUCACCUUCAUCUAGCCUUGGUACAAUAAUUGGAGGAUUAGUAGCAAAAGUAAAUGGGAAUGGAACUUUUGCUGUUUUAUUAGACAAUGACCGUUUUGAUCUUGCUGUUCCACGUGAGAUGAUUACUCUUUCUGAGGGUCGCUCAAAAUUUAUUUCAAAUGAAAAAUUUCAGGAAGUAUUAGAAUGGGUAAAAUCUGCUGGAGUAGAUCGACGAUCUGACCAAGAGAGUACUUCAUGUAUUCUCUUUCAUCGUGGAUGGCGAGCAGACAAGUUAUAUCUACUGGAGAGUGCAGAUGUUCACUGUCUCUCACAUCUCAACAAAUCUGUGCGUAUGAGUGUUCUUGAAAAAUCUGAAUGGGAACGUGAUCAACAUAGACAAAAACGUGAACAAAUAAAAGAACGCACAAAGGAGAAAGAAAUUAGGUAUGUUCUCAUUAAAUAUAGUGGUGUUUUUAGUGCCUGUGUUGCAGUAUUAGGUGUUAUGUCUGUCUUUGGUUGGAACUUUAAGAAUUACAAAAAGCAACAACGCUCCUAUCAAUUAGCACUUGCAGCAAAUACACUCUCACUUCAAGGUGGACGACAUCAUAUUAAGGGAUAUGUGCCACGAGAAACUGAAGAACAACGUGUACGUCAAACAUUAAGAGAACAGGACCUAUCUCAUCCACGUGUAAUUGUCUUUGCUGGUUUCUUUGGUUCUGGUAAGAGUAUUCUAAUACGUUCAGCCAUUCGAAAAGAAAAAAUGGCGGCUGUGUUUGUAGACAUUCGUGCUAAUGAGGAUCCCCUUCGUUCUAUUGUAAAAUCUUUAGGUGUGCAAAAUAUUGAUGCUUGUGGUGACUUGUUAGACUUCAUUGGAGAUGCCUCAGAACGUGCAAAAAAAGCUAUGCAUGGUGUAACACCUCUUUUAGUCUUAAAAUUACGUGAGGGUAGUUCACUUAUGCGCGUUUAUAAUGAAGUUGUAGCACUUGCCUGCGAUCGUAGACUUUGUCAUGUUGUCAUUGAAGUACCGAUUGAAUCUCUCACAAUAGCUAUGACAGCGUUACCACGCCUAGAUUUUCACCUGAUACCAAACUUUUCAGUAUCAGAAGCAUUCAGAUAUACUCAACAUACCAUUGAUCCACUAGAACUAACUAAUUUCAUCGAAAUUGUGGGUACAAAUAGCAAUGACCUUGAUGAAUUAUUCGCUGCAGUUCAGCACGGUCGUACAUCUGCCACUGCAUAUACCAACCAAAAGCUUGUCAAAGCCAUGAGACAAUUACAAGCAGCAUGGGCAAAAGAUCCUUCACUUAGAGAGGCUGUCAUAAACCUUGCGCAGUUUCCAUUCGAAACAGGGCAGCGUGAGGGAUGUGAUUACUCUAGCCUUCGCAAUGAAGCAUUGCGUGACAUUGUGAUGUACAACCCUAUAACAGAUGUCUGGAUGUUCCACCAAAAAGUGUUUCAUACAGCAGCUCGAUGUUGGCAAUAG